GUCCCACGCGAAAUUCUAGCCGCCGACGCGCUAGUAAGGUGAUACGUCAUCGCUCCCUGCCUUGCAUGGCUAUCGCGGUCCUCUUCUCAACACCUGAUGAGUAGGGACGAGAUAGUACACGAUAUCUCGCAGUAUUCUGCAAGUCAACAGACAAAUUUGAAGAGAAAAUAUGCUGCCCGUUCUUUGAAUCACGUUUCCACCGCCGCUUGUAACGAUCCUUCCCCGGACGACUGUCGUUACGAUGAAUUUCCAGAAAUCUCAUUCCCACCCUGCCGAAAGUCCCUCCGUUGCUGUUGCGGAAUUUUCAGCCCCUCGUCAAGGGAGGUUCCUGCGCUGCACUCCUCGCCCGCUGUCGGCCGCGACGCAAAUAUAGCGUCCUGGACCUGGAGUGAGCGAUGUCUGAGGCAGCAGGGCACCGGCGCGACGCAAUGGCGUUCCUCAUCGGGAUCCUUCUUACCUCAUGGGCUGCCCUCGCAGCAGCCUUUGGCACCAUCAACGAACCCAUCUUCGUAGGGCAGCACAAUGAACACGAGAUGAUAACUCGCUUGUCCUUCCAGUGUGAGAGCGGCAAACGGUCGGACGGCAGCUGCUUCGAGCCGCGGUCGCUUGACCAACUCGCCGGCUACCACCGAGUCGUGAUGGGCGUGGCCAUUCCCGGUGCGGGAUUCAACGGUGCUGUCGGCUCUCCCGAUACGUUCGACCCGGUGCCCGAAGGGCCCGAGGCUCACUGCGACAACGCUGACUUCCUCGACGUCCCUGGCUAUCCGCAGACCCGCGAGGAAGCCACUGCCAAACUGCAGGCUUGCGUCGACCACCUCCGCAGUCGCUUCCGCCAGGGCCUGAAAGAGGCGGGCCGCUUACUGGACGAGCGGAGGCGGAUACGGCAGGACAUGGUGCAGUUGUCCACGCCUUAUGACUGCGGCUUCGCGUUCCCGGCACUGCAGGGGGAAGGGUUCGGCAGGUCAAAGUGCGGCGCCAUCGAGGGGUUUGGAAGGGCGUUGCAUGGUGUUCAGGACUUUUAUGCCCACAGCAACUGGGCCGACAUGGCCGAUCCGACCCGGCCGAUUAGUGCGUCGAACCCACCAGGACUGGGCCUCAACGGCACGGCACCAUUUCUGGACAUGCGAGCCAACGGGCCCAUAUCACCGGAUCAGAUCCCCCACAACCUCACAACGGGAUGCUUCUCGAUACCAGACAACCUCGGCGGGGCCGGGGACUGCCAGGGACGCAUCACGCACUACGGCUUGAGCAAGGACACGGGCAUCAUCAACCUCGACGGCACCUUUGGCGAGGUUCCGUGUUACCCCAGGUCGGAAGCGGCUUCGGAGAAUUUCCAGCGGGCGGUGCAAGCGGCGAUCCAGCACUCGCGCGACGCUUGGCGUGAGUUUCGAGAAGAGCUACGGCUGAGAUACGGGACCGUCAGUGGUAACCUCAUGAUCUGUGCUCUGACCCGCGACGACCCGGUGCGGGACUGCCGCAAGCGCACCGUGGUCCUUGCCCUCGACAAGUCGGUGGGAGAUGCGCUCGGCCAUUUCAGGCUGCUGGAGGGGAGACUCGCCAGGGCGAUCAAUUCGCAGUUGACGGGCAUGCACGGGCUGGACAGAGUAGCGGUAGUCGAGUUCCACGAAUCUGCUCGCCUUCUCUAUCCAAUGGGCUACCCGAACCAUGCGACCUUCGACCUCUCUUCUUCGCCGGGCGGUCCGCGCCAUAUCGCCAGCGGCCUCGAGUUGGGCAUCGCCGAGACCAUCUACGCCCAGCCCGAGACUUAUACCGACCGAGGCGCUGUGGUUCUCAUCACCGCCGGAGCGGAGGCUUCGGAGUCCGCUGAAGAAACGCUCACGCAACUGCAGCGAGCCAGAGAGGAGGGGAUACGUGUGCAUCUCGUGUGCAUCAACAUGGCUGCCUUCACGGGUGACCAUGCCGUUGACGGCGUUGAGUGGAGCGAGUGUUCGCAGAAUAAUGUUCUGGUGCCAGCCGUCAUCAAGACCGGAGGCAUCGCUGCGUUCAUCGACGAAGAGGGCACCAGAACCCCGGCAUUCUUCGCCAACCUGGUCAUGGACCGCGGGCUCACCGCCACCGACGACGAGGACGUUAGGGAAGAUACUCGCGUCUACCCGGGCAUCACCCUCGCCGAUGUCUUGAGCCCCGACGACCCAGCCAAGUCGUUCAGCUACCCGGUCUCGGCGGGGGAAAACCUCAACAUAACCGUCGGCAGCGUCGCGCUAGUGGGGCAAGGGUCCGAGUCGUGUUUCACCGUGACGCUGUGGAACAAGGGCCUCGGCAUUAAGAUCGCCACGCACACGCGGUGCGGCAACUUGGACCCGCUGUCGCUGGUCUACGACGCACUCACUCCGCUCGAGCUGAUACUGGAGGUCGAAUAUGGCGACGCGCUAGCUGCCGAGGAUAUCUUGCUCCACCGCGAGGAGAUCGUCUUUACGCUGGCGGUCAACACAAGCAUGCCCGACAAGGACGAGGCCGCGGCCAGCGAGACUACUGGUUCUCGCAUCUUGAGCACGAGCACCGCGGCAGUGUUGCCUGGCGCUGCUACUAGUAUUAUGCAGGAUGGCUUGACGACUGCUUUCCAUCGCCCGUCGUCGUUUGAUCCGUCCACGAUGUGUGCUGUUCCGAAUGUGUUUGCUGCGGCUGGCGCGGGCGUGUGCAAUGCCACUGGUCAGUGAUUGGACGCUUCGUAGAAUGCUUGAUAGAGAAAGAAAUAGAAGACUAGAGAAAUAUAAAUAUAUGUUAGAAUUUGCUAGCAGUAACGUACAUUAUCAGCGAGCGGGACAUAUCAGCGAGCGGGAC